AUGCUUCGUGGGCUCAGUAGUUCAAGAAUACUGGUUAACCAAUGUUCUUCUUCUUUAAGGAGCCCAGUUGUGGUAAGAAUUGCUUCAUUAUCAUCAACAAGAACUUUAAAUUGGAGGGUUUAUAAUAGUCGUUUGGUAGAACAGUCUAAAGAUGUUGACAAGAAACCGAUUUCUCUAACAUCAGCUUCAUUAAAAGCUGAUCCGGCUAAAACUAAUCUGAAGGUCAAUAAUAACACUAUUAAAGAGCAGACUGCUGCCAAAGUAUCGAAACAAUCAGGACCAAAAGCUCCAACCAUAUCAGAAUUGAAAAUUAUGAAAGAUCUUUUAAAGUAUAUAUGGCCCAAAGGUGAUAAUAAGGUUAAAAUUAGAGUAAUUUUAGCUUUAAUGCUAUUAAUUGGUGCUAAAGUAUUAAAUAUUCAGGUGCCCUUUUAUUUUAAACAGAUUAUCGAUUCCAUGAAUGUAGAAUGGUCUGAUCCAACUGUUGCUCUUCCUGCAGCUAUUGGAUUAACAAUAAUUACAUAUGGUGUGUCUAGAUUUGGUGCUGUUUUAUUUGGAGAAUUAAGAAAUGCAGUAUUUGCAAAAGUUGCUCAAAGCGCCAUCAUGAAUAUAUCUUUACAGACCUUUAAGCAUUUAAUGAAGCUAGAUUUAGGUUGGCAUUUAAGUAGACAAACCGGUGGUCUUACAAGAGCAAUGGACAGGGGUACAAAGGGUAUAUCUUAUGUUCUUGGUGCAAUGAUAUUUCAUAUAAUCCCGAUAACUUUUGAAAUAUCAAUGGUUUGCGGUAUUCUUACGUAUCAGUUUGGUGCUUCAUUUGCAGGUAUUACUUUUACAACAAUGUUGUUAUAUGCAAUUUUCACAAUUAGAACUACUGCAUGGAGAACAGAAUUUAGACGUGCCGCUAAUAGAGCAGAUAACAAAGGUGCUAGUAUUGCCCUAGAUUCUUUAAUAAACUUUGAAGCUGUAAAAUACUUCAAUAAUGAACAAUAUUUGGCCAAUAAAUACUAUUCUUCUUUGGUUGAUUAUAGAAAUUCUCAAGUUAAAGUUGCACAGUCGUUAGCAUUUUUGAACAGUGGUCAAAAUUUAAUAUUCACAUCUGCAUUAACAGCAAUCAUGUACUUAGGUUGUACCGGUGUAAUUGGUGGAAACUUAACUGUUGGUGACUUAGUUCUAAUCAAUCAGUUAGUAUUCCAACUUUCUGUGCCAUUAAAUUUCUUAGGUAGUGUCUACCGUGAACUUAAACAGUCCCUGAUUGAUAUGGAGUCAUUGUUCAAAUUAAGGAAGAACGAAAUAAAAAUCCAAAAUGUGCAUAGACCUCUAAUGUUACCAAAUGAGUUAACUCCUUUCGAGAUUAAAUUCGAGAACGUAACCUUCGGUUAUGAUAAGGAGAGGAAGAUUUUAAAGAAUGCAAGUUUCACUAUUCCAGCAGGUUGGAAAACUGCAGUUGUAGGUCCAUCUGGUAGUGGUAAGUCCACCAUUUUGAAGCUAGUAUUUAGAUUUUAUGAUCCAGAGGAAGGUAGAAUUCUGUUAAACGGUACUGAUAUUAAAGAAAUUGAUCUAGCUUCUUUAAGGAAAGUCAUUGGUGUGGUCCCACAAGAUACUCCAUUAUUCAAUGACACAAUAUGGGAAAAUGUAAAAUUUGGGCGUAUAGAGGCUACUGAUAAUGAAAUUUUACAGGCUAUUGAAAAAGCACAAUUAGCACCAUUAAUCAAGAAAUUACCAAAAGGUCGUGAAACCAUAGUAGGAGAAAGAGGACUGAUGAUUAGUGGUGGAGAAAAGCAAAGAUUAGCAAUUGCCAGGGUAUUAUUAAAAAAUUCUGGAAUAAUGUUUUUUGAUGAAGCGACAAGUGCUUUAGAUACCCACACAGAACAAUCACUUUUAAGAACAAUAAAGGAAAACUUUGACGGUUCAUCCCGUACUAGCGUCUACAUUGCCCAUAGAUUAAGAACAAUUGCUGACGCUGACAAGAUUAUUGUCUUGAAAGACGGUCAAGUCGAAGAAGAAGGUACUCAUAGACAACUAAUAGCUAAAAAGGAAUCCUUAUAUAGCGAACUAUGGAAUAUCCAAGAGAAUCUCGAUCUAUUGGAAAAAGAAUUGGACGAGGAAGAACAAAAAGAAAAAACAACAUAA